CUGCCCUGCUUUACCCGCCUCCCUGGCAAGGUUGCCACAUGGCUCUCCUGUGAGGCAAUCUUCCCCCGAGAAGGCCAUAUGUUCCUGCCAAAGGCUGCCUAUAAAUGCUGGGGCAGCCCAGGUGUGUCAGGUGCAGUGUCUCCUUCGCUCUGAGUGCAAGAAGAUGGCAGCCAAUAAGUCGCAGCUGGAACGCAGCUUAGAAACCAUUAUCAACACUUUUCACAAGUACUCUAGGCUGUCCGGACACCCAGACACCUUAAACAAGAACGAAUUCAAAAAACUCACGGAAACGGAGCUGGCAAACUUCCUCAAGUGUGAGAAUAGAAAAGAAGAUGAAAUAAAUGACAUCAUGCAGGACCUGGACACAAACCAGGACCAGCAGUUGAGCUUUGAGGAGGUCAUCAUGCUGUUUGCCAGGCUGAUCAAUGCCUCCCAUGAGAAGAUGCAUGAGGAGGGACACCACCGUGCUCCGGACCACAGCCAUGGGCCAGGCCUUGGAGAGGGUGUGAAAGGCCAUUGCCAUUAAUUAGGAGGCCAGGCCACUCUGCACCUGCCCAACCAUGUUCAUAGAAAAUAUGUGCUAUAUCAUCUUGAAUGUGGGGCUGGGCGUGGGGGAAAUAAAGUCUUUCUGUAUGCCAA